AUGCAGAUCUUUGUGAAGACCCUCGCCGACGAGACCAUCCUGGUCAACGCAGAUGUAUCGGACACAAUCUACAACGUCAAGACGAGGAUUGACGGCGAGCUUUGCGAUCCCCGGUCCCAGCAGUGCCUCAUGUUUGAUGGCAAGGAGCUGGAGGAUGGAUGCACCAUAGCGGACUACAACAUUGAGGAGGAUUCGACCGUCCAGCUCGCCCUUCUCCCGAAGUGGCCACCGGAAGUGAUGCAAAUCUUUCUGAAGGCGCCCAACAUUCGGCUCCCCAUCGAGGUAGAGAGCGCAGACACCAUAGAGGACGUCAAGAAAAGGAUCCAUGGCACGUGGGGCAUCCCUCCGCAAUCCCAGCUGGCCCUCGUCUUCGACGGGAGGCAGCUAGAGGACGGGCAUGGACUGGAUGGCUACGGCGUCUGCAUGGGAUCCACCCUCCACCUAACCCUUCAUGGGUCAGGGUGGAUGCUCAUCUCUGUCAGGCUGCCUAUUGCCUGCAAGAACCCCAUAAUUCUGCUGGAAAUAUGCCCUAGAGAUACCGUUGACAUAUUUAGGGAGAAGCUCCAGGAAUUGAAGGGGAUUACCGCGUCCGAGCAGCGCAUCAUCUUCCGCGGAAGCCAGCUGAAGGAUGGUCUCACCCUAGCGGACUGUGGCGUGGUGAAGAACUUGCUCCUCGAUGUGAUCCUCCGUCUGCGUGGUACAAAUUGCCCUGGUUGUGCAACGAGCAUUGCGCGGCAGUGA